CACACACAGCAUCAUCUGCGGUAUUAAUGACAAUCCACCACUCAAUCUCUAUGGCCAAGAAAUGGGGCUGGGAGGGGGGAGACUCAAUAAAACUUCUUUUCCCUCUAUAGUUCUAGUAUUAGUUUUACUGCUAAACUGCUAUAGAUACAAAUUUUUCUGGGACGAAUCUUACACGCCCACCGACAAAACCCAACCGUCGCACAGACUGAACACGCACUCAUGCAUCCACAGCUUAGUUAAUUAGUUAGUUAGUAGUUACCCAGGUGGUUGUAGUGGUGGCAAUUCGGGGGAACUACACCGUUUGUGUGUGGUGGCACUUCGGUUUUACCUCACAGGAAGUUAC